CGGUUCUGAUCGGACUUUCCACUCUCUAUAUCUAUCAAAUUUCGUUCUCCAAUUUCGAUUUGGAGUCAAGACGACGAAGAAGAAGAAAGAUGUCGGACUAUUUGCCUCAGGAAUCCAGAUCCCUAACCAAGAAGAUGAAUGCCUAUUUGCCUCCUGAAGUCAUCGCGCUCAUCCUCCGCCGACUCCCGGUGAAAUCGGCGGUGAAAUGCACCGCCGUCUGCAAAUCCUGGUACGCUCUCAUCAAAGAUCCCUCUUUCAUUUCCACUCAUCUGCAACGGGAUGCGUCUUUCCAGGACGGCCUUCUCCUCCUCAGUUUCAUUGAGGACAGUGAGACUGAGAGAUAUGUUUAUCGUUUGUAUCGCGACAAUGAUGCCUUUGAAGAGUACAAGCAGCUCUUCUUACCCUUCAAGCGAUUAAGGGAUCCUGAGAUUGUUGGUUCAUGCAAUGGCCUGAUUUGUCUCUCACAUGUUGAGAAAGAUGCUUGGAAUAUAGUUUUGUGGAAUCCUUCCAUUCACAAACAUUUCAUUUUGCCCGAGCCUGAUUUGCCCGCGGCCUGUGAGGUCUAUUUUUUUGAUACAAUAGGUUUCGGGUUUGAUUCGGUAUCAAAUGACUACAAAGUGCUUCUAAUUCUGUCUGAUGCUGAAACCGAAGAUUUCAAUGAUGUCUGGUUAUUUUCCUUGAAUGGGCGUUCUUGGAAGAGGCUUACUGAAGUUUCUCCCAUUAAUGGUAUACAAGUCACAAUUGAGGUUGGCUUUGAGUUUCUAUAGUCUUUGACUACUUGAUUUUACAAGGAACAAUAUGUCUUGUGAUGAUGAUGAUGAUGAUGGUGAUGGUGAUGGUGAUAGUGAGAAUGGUGAUGGUGAUGAUGCACUCUUUAUGACUCUCACCUCCCCCCAACCCUACGGUAAACGCGUGUAAUAUGUUUAUGGUGAUGAUGAAUUGAUGAUGUACUACUCUUCAUAGGUCAUUCUCCCCUUGCUGUAAUAGUUGAUGAUACUAGCCUAGUUCUGUGGUUUGAUUCCCAUCUCUGCCUAUUUUCUUUAAAAUGCACACUUGCUUUGAAUGUAUUCGUUU